AUCUUGACAUCUUGCAAGUCAGCCUCACAGCCUGAGCAGCUAGAAGGAUCAUCAAGCAGUUCAGUCUGAGCCGCGUUUCGGUUUCGCGUCCUGAUAUCGUUGUUUCGAUGCGUCUGGAACCGCGAUUCGGGCCUCGUUAUAGGACUCUUUCAACAACGACAUUCCAUGAAGGCGUUUUCGCUCUGAGCUAGACUGAAAGCUUUCCAAGUGAAGUCGUCAGUCUGAUUAGUAGCUCUCAAAUCGCGAUUUAAUCCAUGGCAAGCGUCGCGAGUCCUCACACGUUAUUCUCAAAUCCCGGACCGUCGUCCCUACCCGCAGCAAGCCUAGGCGCACCAGCGAUGACAACCAAUGGGAAACUGCCAAGUCACGGUGGGCCUGAUUCGGCUGACGACAGGAGGUCGUCGGUUCCGCAGCAGCUAUCCUCGGAAGAACUGGCUGCUCAGUUGCUGGACGAGCUAUUCGGGUCUGACGACGACUCGGAUGACGCCAUGGGGACAGCACUGCACACAACAGGAGGCGAUUUGACCUUCGGCGAAGAUGUCGCCGUGGACGAGUCUUUCCUUCAGGGGCUCCGGGAAGAUCUUGAUCGAUUCAAAGACCAUGAGGUCGUAUCAAACAUCCUGGGUCAAGGCAGCGACCUGCGGGAGUUUUGCGCGGGAGGUGGAGGAGAAGCCUGAGGCACGGUUGGAGCUGGAGUCGAUCC